AUGUAUAUAUAUAUAUAUAAUAUUGUUUACCAAAUAAUAAAGGUGAAACAUUUAAAAAAAAACUUUUUAAUAAAAUUACUUCAAAUUGUGUAUAUAUUUAACAUGGAUCAAGAAUAUUAUUCUACAUUGUAUAAAUGGUUUGAAAAAUGUGGUGUAAUAUCAAAUGUAAGAACGCAUCUUCGUCAAAAUUUAAUAAAUGCAUUAAAAAAUAAAGAUAUUUUUUUAAAAAGUGAAGGUCCGAAAUCUGCAAAACAGUACGUUUAUGAUUUACUAAUAGCAGAAUAUUUAUUUAAUCACAAUUAUGCAUAUACUCUAUCAGUAUUUGCUAGUGAAGCACCACUGUUAAUUAAUUUUUCUAAUAAGACAGUUCAAAGACCUGAUGGCAAUGAAGAGGAUAAUAAUGAAAAAUUACAAAGUGAUUAUAUAUUACAUGCUUUGGAAACAUUAGGUAUUAAUCCUUGUGAUUCUAAAGGGCAAUAUGUUAUAUCACAUUAUAUAGAAAAUGAUAUGCCUCUUCUUUUAUGCAUAUUAAAAUGUAUAACUAUGUUUUCUUAUAAUAUACAUAAUGAUAUACCAAUAAAAGAAAAAAUAUCUCUUUGUAAUGCAUCUACACAAACUGAAUUCUCUUGGCAAGCUCAUAGUUUAUAUAUAGAAAAAUUAAUUGCAUUAAAAAAAAAAAUAAAUGUGCACAAACAAAUGGUUAAUAACAAGUUACGUGAAAAAGAAAUGAUAUUAAAACAACAAACAUUAUUUAUUGAGCAACAAUUUGAAGCAUUGAAUACAAAAUUGCAUCAAAUUCAAAAUGUCAUGCAUAAUAUAAGUUUAAAAGAAAAAUUAUUGAAAGAAAAAAAACAAACUAACGAAAAACAAAUUUUACAAAGAGAAAUGAAAUUAGCAUUGAAAGAAAGAUUAUUGUUGCAAAAGACAGAUAGAUUACACAAAGAGCAAAAUAAUAAAAAAAAAGAACAAAAUGUGAAAAAAACGCACGAACAAAAAGGAGUACAGACAGAACUUCAAAUUGAAUCAUUUAAUCAUUUUUUAAAAAAUAUGGAAGUACAAACGGAUUUUGUAAACAAUAUGCAACAAGAACAUAAAAUUGAGAUCCUUACUAAAGAAAAGGAAGAAUUAAAUGCCCUUAUUCAAGAUCAACAAUUAAAAAUAGAGCAGAUAACACAACGAGCUCUUCAGUUGUCUCGACAAAUAGAAGGAAUACGUUUAUUAAGAUCAACUAAUAUAGAAAUUCCAACACAAACUGUUAAUAUAAAUACAAUUAUUAGUGAGAGUAGUUCAACAGAAGAUAUUCUUCAAGAUGCAAAGUUGAGGCUUAAACGUCUAGAAGAAGAAAGUUUAAAAGCGGAUCAAUAUUAUUAUAAUUUUAUCAAUAAUUCACCAUAAUAUAAAUUUUAUGAUAAUCUAAUAGAAAUAAAAUAAAACAAACAAUUGAAAUUUAUAAUACAAUAUUUAUGUUCAUAUUUUUACAUAAAAAUAAUUAUGUAUUAAUCUUUCUCAAUUUAUACGAAUGAAUCGGGAAUUAAUGAAACAAAUGCAUUAAUGAAUUUUUAUUGAGAUCAUUGAUAAUUCCUAUUAUAAAUUAUAUAAAAUUUUAAUUUUAUAUAUACAAAUUUAAGACUGAAUAGAACAUGUACCAAAGUGCUUUUGUUACAUAGUUUAUUUUAUAAAAUUGGACGUUAAUAUAAUAUACAAAUUAUUCACUAUCUUUUUUUCUUUAUUAUUUGAAUUCUACCUUAAUUACAUGCAACACCAAACGUAGUAUAUAAAAUGUUAAGUCAAAUUUUGUCUAUUGUUGUACAUCAUCUUCGUUUGGGAUCCGAACUUCUUCUAGUACUCAGAAUUAAGGAUCAUAAAUAGUAUGUUUAAAAUAAUCGAGAAUAAAAAUUAUUAAUAAUUUACAAUUAUAUUAUGUUAAUUAUUGUAAUAUUUUCUUAAAUUUUUGUAUUAUAAAAGGAUAUUGUUUGUCCCGGCUUUCGCGCCCCUCUCGUUCAUGAGUACGUUCCUUUGUGUAGGGUGACUUUUCCUGAAAAUAUAUUCUCAUAUGAAUCUUCUGAAUGUCAUGCUAUCCUGCAAUUGGCGUUUGGGUAUUUGAUAGUAUCACCUAGUUUUUCUGGUCUUUGCUAUUGUCUCCCAUUUCGUCUUUUCAAUGUACUCGAAGCGGACGUCUUUAUCAACUAAGGGGUCAAGGAAUAGUGUUAGAAAAAUGAUUAAAAAGUUAAUUUAUGGGUAGAAUGUUUGGGACAAAAUGUAAAAUUAAUGUUAUGGGAUUUAUGAAACAAAAGUGUGUUUUUUUUUAAAAUGUGUUGUUGAAUAAUUUAUUAAUUAAUGGGAUUAUUACGCGAUUUUUUUUUACUUUUUACGGGAAUAUCUUUUUUAUGGGAAAGACAAAUAAUGACAUAUUUAUGAGAAUUAAUUUUAUAACUGAUGAUUAAAAUAUAUGUACCAGACUGUAUUUAAGACGACCAUUCUAACAAUAUACAAAUACCUUAGAAAAUUUACUUAAAUGUUAUUCGAAUAAAAUAUUCGAAAUUAUUUUAAUGUAUGUAAAAUAUUAAUAAAGAUAUAACAUUUUAUACCCUAAUAUAUGUAUAAAAAAAUUUCAAUUAAAUUUACUAACCUUGUUGUAAUGGUGUUUUUCUCUAUGUUCGGGAAUAUCACCAUUUUGAUGUGUUCCUUUUGCUGAAAGCAAUUUUAUUAUUUAUAUAAAAAAAAUAAUUUAAAAUAUACUUUAAAUUAUUAGAAAAAUUUCGUACCUUUUUCGUCAUCUUUUCUUCUUUUUUGUUCUGUUGUAACUGCUGAUUCAUCUGUUCUAUCCUAUGUUAACAUGAAAAAAAUUUUAUAAAUCAUAUAUAUUAAGAAUUGCUAAAAUAUAUUAAAUUUUCGAAAUA